CGUUUCUUUUGGGAAAUGUGCAGUUCUUUUGGUUAGUAACAAAAUACUGAAACUCGUGCACCGAACAAUCGACAUUAAUGGAUCAACUACUUUUCCGAUCCCUUUCGGUUCAGACAAUCGGAUACCAUUCAAUAAUCUCAUGUUAUGUUAGUAAUUUUGUAGCCGACAAUUAAAGGCCUCUGCCUUCCUUAUUACCUGUCUCUCGUAAAAAUAUGAAAUUCCGUUGUUUGGCGCCUUCACCCGUUCCCAUUCCGCCUCCAGCCACUCGACUUCAGGCGCUUUUCGUCCGGAAUGCUCCAAUCGGUUUCCACCAUUCCAUUCCGCCACUCAUUCCUCUUUCUCAUCACUCUCAUUUCCCAAUACCAAGAUUCUCCCCCCAUUCCGAUUAUAACUCCAUCAUCAACAUUGUCACCGCCAUUCGCCUUAAAGCCUCAUUCAACGGUCGAGAUUUCAGAGCUCGCUCUUCCAGCCCAGACUCACCCCCUCCUCCUCCUAGUCCUUCCUCCAUUAGUCAACAGGUCAUUGUCAGCUCAGCGUUUACCAUCGCAUUCGCUGUCGCCAACCGCGUUCUCUAUAAGCUCGCUCUCGUUCCCAUGAAAGAAUACCCUUUCUUUUUAGCUCAGUUGACCACUUUUGGGUAUGUAAUCGUAUACUUCGUUAUAUUAUACAUGAGAUACAAUGGAGGCGUUGUUACAGAUGAAAUGAUGGCUCAGCCAAAAUCACUUUAUGUGGCUAUUGGUGUUUUGGAAGCUCUUGGAGUCGCUUUGGGAAUGGUUGCUGCAGCCAUGCUACCCGGACCAGCCAUUCCCAUUUUGAGUCAGACGUUUUUCGUAUGGCAGCUGAUUUUGUCUGUCUUUAUUUUGGGAAGAACAUACACAAUCAGUCAGAUAGCUGGCUGCUUACUCGUAGCCAUUGGAGUAGCCGUUGCUGUCACUAGUGGUUCUAAUGCUAAUCAACUGUUAUAUGGAGUUGAGCUUGUGUGGCCGGUGUUAAUGAUUGCUUCAAGCGCUUUUCAAGCUGGUGCAUCCAUUAUCAAGGAAUUUGUAUUUAUCGACGCGGCUUCUCGCCUUAAGGGCAAGACACUUGACAUAUUUGUUGUCAAUUCAUUUGGAUCUGGAUUUCAGGACUUGAGCUCGGGGAGGAUGAUUGGCAAUGCUGAUUUUCGUGUAGGCCUUUAUGUUCUCAAUGUGAACCACCCUUCAAAGCAGAAUGUUAGUUAUCAAUCCAAUCAUAGCCUUAUGUCUACAAGUCAAUUUAAUAAGGAAAGUGAGAUCAUGAUGUUGCACUUUCUUCUAGGUCGUCCAAAUUUUCUGUAUUUGAAACGUUUUGUAACGCCCUGGAUAGCCAAGACCGUUACACCGUGUAUUUAUAAAGGUGAAAGGCUUGCUAAUCAAGUCAUUUAAUUAGAAACGUGUCACUGAAACUACAAUUGAACUAGGGUUAAAAGAUUUUGGUCUCAAAAGUUACAUUUCUUAUAGUUAAGCAUUUUCUUUUACAUGAGAUCCCAAAAGUAGUAAAGUUAAAAGAUCGUUUACAAAAGAUUCAGGAUUAAAAUACAGUUACUAGUCACUCUAAGGCAAAACAGACAAUUAGGCUUUUCUCGUCCUGUACCACUCCUCGGUUGUGGCGACCGAUCAGCUGACUAUGUAUAUUCAACCCCAAAGCUCUCCAUCUUAGGACUGGUCCAACUUGCCAUUGCCUUUACCUGCACCACGUAGCACCCGUGAGCCAAGACCCAGCAAGAAAAUACAAUAAUAUAGCAUAAUCAUCAAGCAAAUAACCAUAUAACUAUUAGGAGUGUGUCCUAAAAGCAUGUAAAAGACAUUUGUUUUUUCUGUGAAUAAAUAAAUACAAUGGUUUAUUAUUAUUGUUAUAUUUAGAUUGUUAAAUUAUUGUUUGAAUAAUUUUGUAAAUAUCAGAAAAAUUCCAUAUUCAUUAUUGAGGAUGUGAUCUUAUAUUAG